UCGCCUCUCUUUUGUCUUCCGGUCUUGUUAAACAGUAUGGCGAACCUCGAGCAUGCUGAAGACGACCCAAAACAUGUGAACAUGUCUGGUGAAGUCUCUGCCGCCAGCGGUCAACCGGCCAAAGUGUCCUGUGUACCGGACAGAUAUACGGGCACGGUCCCGUGCUCUAUCCCGUCGUUCGCAGCCGCCUCCGAGCUGCUGUCAACACCGUACUCGUGUCUGGUCAUGAGCGCGCACCGGAGACACAUCGGCCUGCCGCCCAUGUAUCUGAAGAAGAAGAGGACAGGUAUUCAGGAGGAGCUGGAAGCCGAGCUGCUUAAGUUCUCCGAGAGUCUUAAGGGAGUACCCUUGGCUUAUGACAACAUCAGGAUAAUGGGCCAGCACGGAAACAUCUACGACGACAGUGGCUACAUCCACAUGAACAUAGAGGCCAACUUUGUUGUCUUUCAGCCCAAGAAAGGACAGAAACUGCUGGGAAAGGUGAAUAAACUGGGAGCAAGCCAUGUGGGCUGCCUGGUGCAUGGCUGCUUCAAUGCCAGCAUCCCCAAACCCAACCUGGUUUCUGUGGAAACCUGGCGGGAUGCAGGGCCGAGAAUCGGAGCAGAGCUGGAGUUUGAGGUGACUGCACUCGACGCUGACACCGUGGGGGUGCUGCUGAUCAGAGGCCGACUGGACAGGACCAGGGUGCAGGAGCUGCUGGCUAUGGGUGAGAGCUCAGAGUCCGGCGUCCCCACAGACCAGUCAGAACCACCAGAAACAGAACCGGACCCAGAACCCACAGAGGAGUCUCCUGUUGACAUGCCCAAGAAAAAGAAGAAAAAGAAGAAAGACAAAGUGAAAGAGGAGGAGAAAGAAAUGGAGGUCACAAGUACACUCUCCUGCCAAUUGGAUGGCAUCACAACAACAGAGCUGAACGGAACAAUGGAUGAAGCAAAUGGAAAUGAAGCUGGUGAGAAGAAGAAGAAGAAGAAGAAGAAAAAGGAAAAACACCUGAAAGAAGAGGAAGAGGAUGUUGAGGUCUCUCCCAUGGAGGUCCAUGGCAGUGACUCCAGUGGUUACCUUAGUGACAAGCCAAGCAAAAAGAGGAAGCAUGAAACUGGUACAGAUGUCACUAGUUUUAGUGAACCACCAAAAUCCAAGAAGAAAAGGAAAAGUGGCAUUGAGCAGUUUGCCUGAAAAGUUAAUCAUAUUCUGUUUGGAAAUCAGGUUAAUUGUGUAUAAUAAUUGAUGAAUAUACUGACAUACCUUAACAAUUAGACACAAUUUUUAGAAAACAAAAUUUCUCAUGUGUUCUUCUAAGCUGAUCUAAAAUCAUUUACAUAGUUGCAGAAAGAGUCUUUCUACAGUCACAUGUAUCUUGUGGAAAUGCACAUGAGGAUAGAAGCAGACUUGACAGAUCAGUCCUCGUUGGAUUGCAAUUCCCUUAUGCUGCCUGAUGGGGGCGCAAAACUGUUUCAUACAUCCACACUGGACACACAAACAGGAGUGAAACCAUGUCAACUUCAUAUAUUAUAAACAUGGUGCUGAGAGUAAAUAGGCCAGGUUUUUGCUUUGAGUUUAUGGAGCCAAAUGGGACAAACAUGACUUGAUAUUAAUUCUCUGUACCUACUGUGGUACAUUUUCUCCUGCUUAGAUGGUUGGACAGCUGAGACUGCCAAGCAGACUGUCAAUAUAAGAAACUUCUCUUGACUCGUGUGCCUCUGCACAGUCUUUGAGAGGGUGGUCUUGAAUAAUAGCUGCAAUGUAAGGGGAAAGGUUGUUUUUUUUUUUACUACCAAAUAUUUGCAGUAUUCACUCAGCAUCCUAAAAAUGCAUCAUGCACAGUGACAAACAGUGCAGUCAAGAAUUAUUUGUGCUGUUUCACUGUCGUUCUUUAGUGUUGCAUUGACAGUUUUCCCAUGAAGAUGUGUUGUCUGUCCUUGACUGAAAACCAACAGAAAUGGAAAUUCAGUAUUCAGUUCUCAUCCCAAUUAAAGAGCUCUAUUUUAA